AUGGCAACGGGAUAUUCUAGCAUACCUAGUAGCACGGCGUUGCCCUUCCAGCGCUUUGAGCAUUACGGUAAACCAGGGAUAAUUGGGAAGAUUGAGAAAAUUGGGCUAAAAAUCGGUCUAGAACCAGAUUCUCAUUUGCCCUAUAUUUUCCACCUCUGGGCACUCACGGAGUUAGCCAAGAAGAGUUACCUUGAGCUCACCCCGAAACUUCGAGCUUGGUGGUCUAGUGUCGAUCACCCAAAAAGAUUGGCAGUAUAUGCGGAGGCAAUCUGUAAGGACGAAGGAAUUGGAUAUACAGAGCCUCUCAAUAACCAAGGCCCAUGGAACAACCCACUUGCCAUUCAAGAUGCUCAUACAGGACCAGUAUCCCCUCCAACGGCGAAUACUUCACAAAACCCUGAUGAACCCCAUCACGCAUCGGGGACCGCCGAUUCCACAAGUGAUAUUUCUCGCAACAACCCACAAUUUGAGCUGGCAUCUGAAGCCUCAUUGAACGAUCUGAACUUCCCCCCAGCACCGGAACAGCGAGUAUUCGAAAAUGCUUCGUUGCAAGGGGUUGCGGAAGUUUUUAAUCAAGAUAUGAGCUCUGCAAUCAGAAGACUCACAGUCCAAGAUGAAUCGAAAGCUGCCGUGACAACGGUGUUCCCUAUCUGGGCAGGAACAAUUGAUUGUCUUAUGAGCCUGGAAGUCAACGAAUGGAGUGUGGAAUGGCUGGUGAUGGCUCUCUUUAAUGCAAAAUUGAAAUGGGUGAAUCAAGCUCGGCACGUUGUCUUUAACGAAGGCGUCACUCUCAUCAUCCCUAAUUCCGAAGCUACUCUGAAGGGCGUCCUCAAUGAAGCCAUCCUUAACGUAUUUGGCCCUGAGAUACAUGAAGCGGUCACCGAAAGCCCGAUGCGCAGGAAGGAACUAGCGGAGGGGAUGCGUGUAACAGAGUGCGUGUCAAUGAUACUCACAAGGGACGGGGCUAUUAUCAACUUAGCUCUUGGCUUAGACGGAGGCGUUAAAAUACAAAACAAGUUAUAUACCUAG